CGGGGAAGCGCCCUGCUGGCAGAAAAGACCAGAAAACUUUGGAAGAGAUUUCGAACUUCUUUGAUGCUUCCUGAUGGGUGCCCGCCACGCUUUCACCGCAUCCCUCCGGUCGGGAACUGGCGCCAAAGGUGAAACCAAGUGCCCGACCGGGGCUACCCUUCGGACUGCAGCUGUUGGCAGGGCUCGACGGAUAACCACAUGGGCUUGUGCCAAUUUAUUUCAGGCGAGUCCACACGACGGCCACGAGAGCGCCUCCACGUGGGACUGUGACACGUGAGCCUCAGUCAUCCUGUGGGAGAUGCUGAUUUGUUUGUUUUGCCUCUCAGCACCCCCAAGCUCUUGA